CGGGUGGCGGCUAGGGAGUGGGAAGGGAGGUGAGCCGGGGCCAGGCGCAAGCUGCGAGCUAAGGAGAUAGCGACGAGGAACCGGAGAGAAGGAUGGAGAAGUGGACGGGGGCUGAGGCGAGGGAGGAUGAAUGGCGUGGAGGACGGUGGGCGGUCCGGCUGGACAGUGAUGGGAGGCUGGGUACCCGCCGCCCCUCGGAGCGUUCGGCAGGCGGUUGAGGGGGCACCGGCGGCCACCAUCCAUCGACCUUCCCUUGUGAGCUCGUGCUCUCCGCUCUCGGCUGGGAGGUGCCGGCUCCCGGCGGAGUCCCCGGCGACACCUCGCCUGCGCUGUUCGCACGUUCCCUCCGCGAGCAUGGGGCAUCGAGCUCGCCGGGCUCCCGGAGGAGCAGGCUGGCCUUGGAACUUGUUUUCGGCUCUUUCUUCCCCAGAUCCUAUACUGGAGGUCUCAGGAGGUGGUGUGUGUGUGUGCGUGUGUAUGUGUGUGUGUGUGUGUGUGUGUGUGUAUAGAUGUAUUUUUGUAGGUGGAAAGAAGCCAAGCAAACAAAAACCCCCGCGACGCCGUAACUGGCUCAGAACUCCUUGUGGUUGUACAAUUUUUCUCCUCCUAGAUUUAAGUAAGUCUUCCCCAACACCGAAUGGGAUUCCAUCUUCAGAAACAGCCAACGAUGCCAUGGACCCCUUCCAUGCUUGCAGUAUUCUUAAGCAACUCAAAACAAUGUACGAUGAAGGACAGUUGACAGACAUUGUAGUGGAAGUGGAUCACGGGAAAACAUUUUCCUGUCAUAGAAACGUUCUUGCUGCAAUCAGUCCUUACUUCAGAUCUAUGUUCACUAGCGGCCUUACAGAAAGUACUCAAAAAGAGGUUCGGAUAGUCGGUGUUGAAGCUGAAUCGAUGGAUUUAGUGUUGAACUACGCCUAUACCUCCAGAGUUAUUCUGACAGAGGCCAAUGUUCAAGCCUUGUUCACUGCAGCAAGCAUCUUCCAGAUUCCUUCCAUUCAAGACCAGUGUGCUAAGUAUAUGAUCAGUCAUUUGGACCCACAGAAUUCUAUUGGGGUCUUUAUUUUUGCUGAUCAUUAUGGUCAUCAGGAACUUGGAGAUCGAUCAAAAGAAUACAUUCGUAAAAAGUUUUUGUGCGUCACCAAAGAACAAGAGUUUCUCCAGUUGACAAAAGACCAAUUAAUAGGUAUACUGGACAGUGAUGACUUAAACGUAGACCGAGAAGAGCAUGUCUAUGAAAGCAUUAUAAGGUGGUUUGAACAUGAACAGAAUGAAAGAGAAGUGCACCUUCCAGAAAUUUUUGCCAAAUGCAUACGUUUUCCCCUGAUGGAAGAUACCUUUAUAGAGAAAAUUCCACCUCAGUUUGCACAGGCUAUCGCCAAAAGCUGUAUAGAAAAGGGACCACCCAAUACCAAUGGCUGUACACAGAGGCUUGGAAUGACUGCUUCUGAAAUGAUCAUAUGUUUUGAUGCUGCCCACAAACACUCAGGAAAGAAGCAAACAGUGCCUUGUCUAGAUAUUGUCACAGGAAGAGUAUUCAAACUAUGCAAACCACCAAAUGACCUGAGAGAAGUUGGGAUUCUUGUAUCACCAGAUAAUGAUAUUUAUAUUGCAGGAGGGUAUAGGCCAAGCAGCAGUGAGGUCUCCAUUGACCAUAAGGCAGAAAAUGAUUUCUGGAUGUAUGAUCAUUCCACCAAUAGAUGGCUAUCAAAACCAUCCUUGCUUCGAGCCAGAAUAGGCUGCAAACUGGUGUAUUGCUGUGGUAAAAUGUAUGCAAUUGGAGGUCGUGUUUAUGAAGGUGAUGGGAGAAACUCCCUCAAAUCUGUGGAGUGCUAUGACAGCAGAGAGAACUGUUGGACGACUGUUUGUGCGAUGCCCGUUGCCAUGGAAUUUCAUAAUGCUGUGGAGUACAAAGAGAAGAUCUAUGUUUUACAGGGAGAAUUUUUCCUCUUCUAUGAGCCUCAGAAAGACUACUGGGGUUUUUUAACCCCCAUGACUGUGCCUAGAAUCCAGGGCCUAGCAGCUGUAUACAAGGACUCUAUCUACUACAUAGCUGGAACCUGUGGAAAUCACCAACGUAUGUUUACUGUAGAAGCAUAUGAUAUUGAGCUGAAUAAAUGGACUCGUAAGAAGGACUUUCCAUGUGAUCAGUCCAUAAAUCCAUACCUUAAACUGGUCCUUUUUCAGAAUAAACUGCAUUUAUUUGUCCGGGCUACUCAAGUAACUGUUGAAGAACAUGUCUUCAGGACCAGCAGAAAAAAUUCCCUUUACCAAUACGAUGACAUUGCUGACCAGUGGAUGAAAGUGUAUGAGACCCCAGAUCGGCUCUGGGACCUUGGCCGGCAUUUUGAAUGUGCUGUUGCUAAACUCUAUCCUCAGUGUCUUCAGAAAGUACUCUGAUGGGUCUCAGACCUUUGCGUAUCCCUGGCAUCUCAGAGUUAGGAAAUUUGUCUUACCAUAUAAAGAUGUGCUGUCAGUAUUUGAGAACGCAGAGAGAGUUUUGUAUCUGGAAAUGGGUGCUCUUAAAGAUUGCAGUGUAAGGAGGGAUUUGCUUUCAUCCUUGUGAUGUUUUCAUUUCAGUCAGGAAAAGGUAACAAAGUGCAAUUAUCAGCAUUUUUUUUUCUGGCAUAAAAGUAAUCAUAUCAUUCUAGAAUUCUGUGAUAAACGAUCACUGAGAUACCAGAUGAAUCAAGACAACUAUGCACUCUCAUAAGAGCAAUUAGAUUAGUAUUAGGUACAGACAUUCGAACUAGUUUGAUGUGACUUAUUGUUUUAAAUACGGGUAACAAUCUGAGGCAAUAUCACUACGACAUUACUUUAGCUGUGACAUCUCUAACACAGAGAAGCACUAACUUAGAUCCUCAUUCUUAAUAUUUAUAUGUAUACAUGUAUGUAUCUUUUAUGUGCGUAUGUGUACUGUUUUCAGUGUACUGAGAUUUUAAUGUGUUUUAUUAUUAGAAUAGAUUGAAGGAAAAACAAUUCAGUCUCAGAAAGAGCUUUUAGUCUGAUUGUUUCAUUUUUCCCAUGAAACUUUAAGUUAAGCUAAAGUUUCAAAGUGGCAGUUUUCUGUCAGUAACUUUUCAAGUGCUAACACUGUCUCAUUUUUAAAAAUCCCGAAAAGGGCUCAUUUUCACAGGUGGCCGGUGCUAGUAUUAGUUAAUUCAUGUGUAGGGCUAAAUAGAUUUAAAUGGACUGAGCCCAUACUGAUUUCUCAAAGUGGUGUAUUAGUUUCAUGGACAUAAUAAUUUACCUGUUGGACUCUUGUGAUUUCACAAGAUUCUCUAGUUAUGUGAUAGCAGGAUAUGGUCACUUAUUGGUCUAACUGCACUCAACCUUAGAAUAGUAAGAACAUUAUACCCAGUUUGCACUAACAUGGGCCAGUUUGUUGCCCAACCUCCUUUUUCAUCAUCUACCUGUUCAGUCAGUAUCGGUAUAAAGGUAACUUAUUUCUCUUCUGCACAGAAUAUAAUGUGAAGUUUUACACCUACUUUUAAAAUUCUGUUUUCUGGAAACAAAGCUCCUGCGGUGGUCUACUUUAAUGGCUUUUAGGUUUCAUAUUACAAUUAAAACCUCAUUUUUUUUUUUCAUUUUUGCACUUCAUAGUGAUGAAUACUUUUUUCACUGAAAUCUUCGUUCUAGGUGUUUGAGAAGGAAAAGAGUAAACAGAACAUCAUUUGAUAGGUACUGAAUCAUUUUUAAUAUUUCACUGAUAAAUUCCUAACAAUCAAUUAGGAAUAUAAAUAUGAAGGACAAACCAACUCAUUUGCAUAUCUAAGGCAGGUAUUUGGAUCAACUCCUUUUUUACUAUGCCUAGAAUAAUUGAUAAAAGGUAUAAGAAUAGCCCAGAGUCUGUCCUCAAUCAGAACUUUUUUACUCUCUUAAAGAAAGCAAAUUGGCAUGGUUUAUAUUUUAAAAUUCUUGCACAAAUUGUAAUGUGAUACUGUGAAACAAAUUUAAAACAUUGCCUCUUUGCUUCACAUACCUCGUUUUUCGGAAAGUUUCCAAACUGCUUUCUUUACAUAGACCUCUACAAGUAGGGAAUGUUUUCUGAAGCAGAAGUUAACAUGGACAGCAUUUAUAGAAUUAGUAUUUUAACAUCCAGUCUUAGAAAGCUAAAUAUGUGGUUUCUUCUUAUUGGCCUUGUUGUGUGUCUGUAAUCUCUGUAACAACCUUGUUAACUAUUAUUUUUAGCACCUCAGUUCUGUGUUAUUUUGUACAAUUUUAUCUUCAUGCUGUUUGGGGGUGACUUCUGUGUGUUUUUUGAAUCAUUCUUUGCAGUUUUGCAUUGCCAAGGGGAGGAAAAAAAAAACAAAAAUAAUCAAUUUUUGCAAGAGAUGUUCAUGUAAUGUAUUUUGAAAGCUUUGUUGAAUAUCUAAGAUUUCCUGCCGCUUUUUGACAAUCUUCUGUAUUUAGAAAAUUGUAUUACUUGAAAACAUGACAUAGAACAUCAAAAUUAGCAAUUUACACAUGCCGUGUGGUAUAUAUAUAUGAGAACGAUGUACUGUGGCUAAUUCUGCAGUAGAUUUACUCUGUUGAUGUGCACGCCAGUUGAUCCUUUUGCUAUCAAUUUAUAUUGAGGAUAUGAUCUAAGUAUAGUAUGUCAAAGCCAAGGCUUAGGGUUUGCUACAGGAGUAGAAUAUAUAUUGAAUUUUGUAUGAAGAAUUAUUUGUUUAAAUUAUAUAGCUGGGAUACUUUGCCACUUUUAAAAUGGUGUCAGAAGAGGUUCUAAAAAGCUAAGAUUAGUGAUUGUGUAGGUUUGAGUUUAGAUAUUCUAGGUACAUUUUUCAUAGCUUAUGAUGAGAAUAUAAGUAAAAGGCACAAUGGGUACUACCAAAUUAAAAUACAGGUCUAACACAUGCCCAUCCCACUUCACUUUGUUUUUGCAUUUGAAGAAUGUUAUGUCGCACUUUCCUGUAUGUUUUUUUUUUUAACACAUUGAAACUGGACUUGGUAUAACUAUGUUAUAGGAAAAUAGAAAUUGUGUUAUUUUUCCAUCUUUGUUUUUUGUUAUCCUCCAAAGUUGAUGCUUAAGCACCUCCAAAGCUGAUGCUUAUGCAUCAAGCAGAUUU